CUCGGCAUUAUCACCACAUCUUCUCGGUCGCUCAUGGCCCAGCCGCUACCAUUCCUCGCGCCACUCGUCACCUUACUCUUCCUGGCGGCGGCAACCACGACGGCAACAGCGGCCGCAGACGGUGUCCCCGCCGCCGCCGGCAAUGGCGGCAUGACGCACCUCCACUUCUACUUCCACGAGAUAUACACCGCCGGGCCGAACGGCACGACGGCGGCGGUGGCGUCCCCGCCGGCGGGCGCCAGCGGCUCGGCCUUCGGGUUCGGCUACGUGGGCGUGGUCGACGACAUGCUCCGCGAGGGCGCCGACCCGGCGUCCCGCCUCAUCGGCCGCGCGCAGGGGCUCACCGCGGGCGCCUCGCUCUCGGAGGUGGCGAUCACCACGUUGCUCAACUUCGUGUUCACGGACGGGCCGUACAACGGCAGCACGCUGGCGAUGUUCGGCCGCGCGGUGCUGGGCUCGGUGAUGGAGCGGCCGAUCGUGGGGGGCACCGGCGCGUUCCGGAUGGCGCGCGGGUACACGCACAGCCGGAUGGUCGAGUCCGCGGACCCCGGGAACCUGCUCGUCCUCGAGUACGACGCCUACGUCUUCCACUAGGAAAUACGUACUCUACUGGGACGCGGAGUUUCUGCUCCCGAACUCAUCUGCACCCACAUUGACAACACAUCAAAUUAUCUAUCACACAAAAAAAUAGAUUUUUUUAGUAUUUGUUUUGAUUUGUUUUCGGACCA